AAUCAAUACUGAUUUAUGAUCCUUAGAACCCAAUUGAUUUUUCAUAGUAUCACAAUGAUUUAAUCUACAUUGCCUGAAAAUGCCCAUAUUUUGUCUACAACAUCCUUCCCGUUCUGCUAAGAGAUGCAAGUUGUUCUUUUCGGUAUUGAAAGAUCCCUUUUCGAGUUGUCACUCCUGCUAUCCGAGUCACAUGUCCUGCUCGAAUCCAGAAGACGAGGAAGUCUCUGUCGCUGAUUUUCAAGACGUGCAAGAAUUGGUGGUAUCGAUGAUUCGAACCCGUGCAAUGGAAGCCAAGUUUAGAAGAAAAGGCAGCCUGCUGAGCACAGAAAGUUACUCAUUCAUCCAUCCAACAUCAGGAGAGCUCUUCGUAAGUACUGCAAAGCAGCACACACACGACGAUCAUUCUGCACAGAAGCACAAAAACAGUAAAAACAAAGAAGAAAUGGAUGAUUUUGUGUCUGUCCAUAGCCACUUCUCCUCACCGUGUUUUACAACUGCUGUCGAUGGUUGUGACACUUUUUUCUCGAUGAGAACCAACUUCUCGCACUGUUCGAGCAUGAACGAUCCAGACUCUGCGGAGAAUAGAUGGUGGGUUUCGGAAGCUAUGGAUAGUUCUGAACUCAAGAGGCGUGCAAUCAUACAGGAACUCUGUCACUGUGAAGGCUGGCCUUUCGGUCUGUGUCGUAGAGCAUUGUUACUUCCACCCUUGCCCAAGUCCCCUUCGGAAUCUUGGUCGUGGUGUAAAGGGUUUCCUAAACAUGUCAAGACAGUCUGAUUUUGCGUAUUCUUUUGUCAAAUUUGGUGUCAGAGAGUAGAGUUGGUUGCGUACAGAGGCGGCAGAUUCGUCACCAAGUAGGCAUCUAUAGUGUAGUGUGCGAGUUUACCGAUAACACAGUAUGAAUAAGGUCAAGUUAAGAUCAAUAAAAUGUAAAACUUGGAUAGAAAUGAAAAAACAUUCAGAUACAAAA